AUGACGACCCCAGUAAACCUGUCUGUAGUAAUAAUUAAGGGAAUUUUGAAAGCAGGAUUGAAUAGGUGCUCAAUGGCACACAAUAAGGUGAUGACAUUACACAAUAAGGUGAUGACAUUAGUGGUGGUGAGUAUAACCAUAUGUUGUUUUUUCAAUUUGCUUUGUGCAGAAGAAGCGCGCGGAGUCUCCCAUUUGGAAAGGAAUUCCGCCAUUGCCAGGCUCAAAAGAAUGGAAGCCUCGAUUAAAGCCGUGCAAUCAGGAAGGACCCAAACCCGAUUGGGUGGUGCCGUUGCACCUGUGAUCCGCUUGCCCAAAACACAUGUAGUGAACAUUGGCAUCGGAACCCCACCAAAAAAUUUCCAGGGACAAGUGGACACGGGAAGCGAUCUGAUUUGGCUUCAGUGCGAUCUGUUCAAUCGGUCUAACUGGUAUUAUCCUCCUCCGUUCUACCCUGAACAUUCAUCCACUUACAGGCGGGUUCCUUGCUCUUCUUCCCUCUGCUCUGCCCUUGCCAAUUCAACUUGUGCGUCGGACUGUCAAUAUUCUCAUAUAUACAGCGAAAGCUGGAGCACGCAGGAAGAAUUGUCAUUCGAGACAUUCACCAUGGCGGAUACAACCGGGGCGGCGCAUUUCUUUGGCGGAAUUGCGUUUGGGUGCAGCCAUGUCGUUCAGGAAGAUGUCUUAGAGGAGGCCAACGGCGUUCUGGGGCUCGGCCGAGGACAAUUAUCGCUUAUCUCACAGAUUGGAGAAUCCAAAUUUUCCUAUUGCUUACCUUUCGAAUACAAUGGAUCCCCGUUUCAGGACACUGACAGCUUUUCCACGCCUCUGCUGUUCGGUAGCGCAGCCGAGUUUAACGGCAUAGGAGUGCAGUCGACGAUGGUGAUAAACAACACAGUCCUGCCCAAGCUCAACAGCUACUAUUAUCUCUCUGUGGAAGGAAUAAGUCUGGGGAACGUGUCUCUCAAUAUUUCACGGGGAAUGUUUGAUAUUCAAGCGAAUGGAAGCGGGGGAUUCAUCAUUGACUCUGGAAUACACUUCACAGUUUUGCCGCACGCUGCCUUCACUGCAGUGGCAUCUGUUUUGGAUUCUGUGCUAGGACUACCCAGAGCUAACGAUUCUAAACAUGGGUUAAGUGUAUGCUAUUCAUCACCCUACUAUGACUAUGUCCCUGAUCUGAAUAUGACUUUCCAUAUGCUUGGUGCAGAUUAUGUUGUCGAAGGUAAACAUAAUUUCGUUCAAUAUAUGGAAUCUGGUCCGACUAAAAUAGGAAAUUUACUAUGUCUGGCAAUGUUAGAUAUGGAUGAGGCUUCGGUUGCAGGUGUACCGGCCGUCCUUGGAAGUUUUCAGCAACAAGAUUACCAUAUUCUGUAUGACAACGCUAACCAGAGGCUGUCCUUUACUCCCACCCGCUGCAGUUCUCUCUCUAUGUCUCCCAAUCCCUCCUACCUACAGUCCAAAGCUCCCAUUCCUAUCUUAGGGUCCCAUGUCUUGUUACCCGUGCUACUUCUUUAUUUUGUAGCUUUCUCAUUAACCCUAUAA